CUCCAUCACCCAAAGCACCACCCCCCCAUCAAUCCAACUCCGGACGACGAAACGGCCUUCCUACGAACAACAAUACCUGCCGAAACCACCGAGUGAUCAGUUCACACACGUUACCCGCUCGAGCAUUAUAGUGCCUUUGAACUUUUAUUCCAAACCUUAGCACUGAGUACGGAGAGGAAACACACAGCAAGACAGCCAAGAUGUCGUGGGCAGGAUUCAAGAAAAAUGUCAACCGUGCGACGACGCAGGUGAUGAUGAAGACGGGCCAUGUGGAGAAGACCAACGACCGCGACUACGAGGUGGAAGAGAGACGAUUCAGAACCAUGGAGACGGCUUCCUUGCGGUUGCAGAAGGAGGCGAAGGGCUACUUGGAUUCAUUGCGAGCCAUGACUGCUUCCCAGAUGCGCAUUGCCGAGACGAUAGACGCCUUUUACGGAGACUCUGGUGCGAAGGACGGCGUGAGCAGAAGUUACAAGCAGGCGGUGGAGGACCUUGAUGCCGAGACUAUUAAGGCGCUGGACGGUCCUUACCAGCAAACCGUUCUCGAGCCCAUCUCACGCUUCUGCGCCUACUUCCCUGACGUAAACGAAUGCAUCAAGAAGCGCGGCCACAAGCUCCUCGACUACGAUGCACUACGCGCCAAGGUCAAGAAGCUUGUCGAGAAGCCCGACAAGGACGUGACCAAGCUGCCCCGCGCCGAGAAGGAAAUGGAAAUGGCAAAGGCCGCCUACGAGCAGCUCAACGAGCAGCUGUCGUCGGAACUUCCCCAGCUCAUCGACCUUCGCGUGCCGUAUCUUGACCCCACCUUCGAGGCCCUCGUCAAGAUCCAGCUGCGCUUCUGCGCCGAGGCGUACAGUCGCAUGGCGCAGGUGCAGCAGUACCUGGACGCGGAUACGAGAGAACAGUAUGCGCAGGGGCAGCUGGAUCAGCGUGUCGAGCAAGUGCUGCAGGAGAUCCGCGAGCUCAGCAUCAGUGGCACCGUGUGA